AGAGAGUGGCCAAUUUGGCUCGACGUACGCGACGUGACGUUCAGCCACAUGAACGUCAACAUCUACCCGUCACAGAUCGAGGUAAACGGACCAACACCUCGGAUCUCGCCUAAGAAUUGCCCCAACAAAUUUUACUCCAGACUAUGACGCACUAUCAAACUUUAACAAAAAAGACAGCGGUGUCUACAAGCCUACUGGAACCUACAAAAGGAUUAUAAGGAAGGAACACAAGAACUUUAAGAGACUGCUCAUAUGUGUCAGAGAGGUUCUGCUGACAACUGAGCUGAACUUUUAUCUGUUAAGAUUGUGCAUGACACAACAGAAAGUUAAUGUUCCAUGUUUUUUUUUCUAUGAAGAACCCAGAGAGAGUUAUUUAGUUAUUAUUUAUUUCCAGUUUUUUCUGUGAAGAACUCAGAGAGGGUUAUUAUUUAUUUCAUUAAUAGUGUUAUUAUUUGUUUCCUGACUUUUUUUCUGUAAAGAACCUGGAAAGGGUUAUUAAAUAACAUAUAAGACAAUAAUUUUUUUAAGCUCCCCUACGAUCGUUACACUUUUUCUGUUACAAACUGACACUGGCUCCCCAUCAGAGAAGGGAAAGGUUAUGUGGCCCUCACAGGAAAAAGUUUGGGGACCCCUGGUCUACUGCUUUAUUAGAGGACGGGACGCUGUUGUUCGGCAGUCGAUCGCCAUCUGACGGGAAGUGGGCACUGAGCACAGAACAGUAAUACCACAAAUAACACUCUGCCAAGUUGCCGAGUGUUGUUGGAAUGGCCGCUCCGACCCGAGUACGGAGGUGGAGAGGGUCCACAACCUUUCAACACGGCGGAGCGCAAGUCGUCAUACAACGUGAUUGACUGCGAUCCAAACCGGAAGGAAGUUGUUGUGAGGACGGCGGGCGCGAGCGACAAGGGGUCCAGGAAGACAUACACUUUUGAUAUGGUGUUCGGCCCUGCUGCCAAGCAGAUCGACGUAUACCGGAGCGUGGUGUGUCCCACCUUGGACGAGGUCAUCAUGGGCUACAACUGCACCAUCUUUGCUUACGGUCAGACGGGAACGGGAAAGACGUUCACGAUGGAGGGAGAAAGAAGUCCUGACGAGCGGUUCACCUGGGAGGAGGACCCCUUGGCCGGCAUCAUUCCCAGGACCCUCCACCAGAUCUUCGAGAAGUUGUCUGAGAACGGCACGGAGUUCUCCGUCAAAGUGUCGCUACUGGAGAUCUACAACGAGGAGCUCUUUGACCUACUCGGCUCCGGCGAGGAUGUCAACGAGCGGCUGCAGCUCUUUGACGACCCAAGGAAUAAGCGCGGCGUGGUGGUCAAAGGUCUGGAGGAUGUGACGGUCCACAACAAAGAUGAAGUCUACCUGAUCCUGGAGAGAGGAUCAGCCAAGCGCAGGACAGCCUCCACACUCAUGAACGCCUACUCCAGCCGCUCGCAUUCGGUCUUUUCGGUCACCAUCCACAUGAAGGAGAUGACGCUGGAUGGCGAGGAGCUGGUCAAGAUCGGGAAACUCAACCUGGUGGACCUGGCAGGUAGCGAGAACAUCGGCCGCUCUGGUGCGGUGGACAAGCGGGCGCGCGAGGCAGGGAACAUCAACCAGUCUCUCCUGACGCUGGGCCGCGUGAUCACAGCUUUGGUGGAGAAGAGACCUCACGUCCCAUACAGGGAGUCCAAGCUGACGCGCAUCCUCCAGGACUCGCUGGGGGGACGCACCAAGACCUCCAUCAUCGCCACCGUGUCCCCGUCCUCCAGCAACCUAGAGGAGACGCUGAGCACGCUGGAAUACGCCAGCAGGGCCAAGAACAUCAUGAACAAGCCAGAGGUCAACCAGAAGCUCACCAAGAGGACACUCAUCAAGGAAUACACGGAGGAGAUUGAGCGCCUCAAGCGAGACCUGGCCGCCACCAGGGAGAAGAAUGGCGUCUAUUUGUCAACCGAGAACUUUGCUAACAUGAUGGAGCAGCUCACCGCAAAUAACGAAAAUGUCCUCGAGUACACCGAACGCAUUGCCGUCAUGGAGGACGAGCUGAAAAAGGUGAGCGAGUUGUUUGUGGACACUCAAAGUAAACUGGAGCAGUGCGCCGCCGAGCUAGACGACAAGCAGCAAAGGCUGGAAGAGACCAAAGACAAGCUAGCGAAGGAGGAGUUCAUCAGUGGGGAGCUGCACUCGGCCCAGGAUGAGCUUUACACCGCCGCCACGCAGCUGCUGAUCGCGGCAGAUGCCAGCACCUGCGACGUCUCGGGUUUGCACGCCAAGCUGGACCGAAAGAAGCUGGUGGAGGAGCACAACACAGCGGAGCAGCAGAGCUUUGCCGAGCGCAUGGCGGCGGCCUUCGGUGACGUGCAGCACGGCGUCCAGCGGCAAGGCGAUAAACAUCGACUCGUCCUCAGCAGCUACUCGCAGGCUAUCGAUGCCGCUCUGGCGGGCAGUGUGGCGGCGCUGACGAGGGCAGCGAGUGGUGUGGAGGGUCUGGUGGCCGACACGGGACGACUGCUGGGCGAGGGCCUGGUGCGCUGGCAGGAGCGCGCGCAGCGCCACCACCAGCUCAGCCAGCAGGACCACAAGGCCCUCAAGGAGCUUCUGGAGGAGCACCAACGAGAUAUGGAGGAGGUCCUCCAGGUUCAGACUCUGAUGGGUCUUUCAGCGCUCCAAGAGCUGAACGCCUCCCUCAGGACCACCGCGGAGGCGCAGCAAGCCCUGGCCGACAAGAUGGAGGCCAUGAAAGAGACGGGCAAGUUCUUCAGCGACCUGGUUGCGGAGCUCGCGGCUCUGCGAGAAGCCACGGUCGAGAACGUGACCGUCCUGCAGGACCAACGUGACCAGCUAGAGGACCAGAUUCAAAAAGCUCAGGAGAAAAACCGGCAGAGUACCAAGCAGACCAUCCAGAUGCUUCAGGACCAGCUCAACCUUCUUGCCGCGGACUCACAGGAGGACUACGACAACUUGCGCUCGUCCGCCAGAGCCCUGAAUUCUCCCCUCUGCAGCCUUCGAGAGAAGCUCAGCAGCACCUGCGGCUCGGUGGAGCAUCGGGCGUCCACACGGGCGGAUUUGCUGUGCGCCGAUUCCUUGUCGCUGGCCUCCACGCUGCGCUUCCACGUGGACGAGAGCAGGCGGAACUUGGAGGAAACCGCCGGUUGCUGUGAGCACCUGCGGCGCAGCGUGUCAGACGUGCUUCAGCGAGACCAGGACUGGAGCGCGGCACUGGAGCGGCACGCUGACGAGCGAGCCCAAGAGCGCCUCUUGCUGACGGCCGAAGAGUCGACCCACGUACAGACCCUCCAUCAGAGUGUGAAGGCGCACGGUGUUGAACGAGUCCGCACGUUGAAAGUGGAGUUGCUUAGCCAGCAGGAGGAAGUGCAGCGGGCCCUGGAGUGCACGCGGGGCCAAACCACCUUGGAUGCCGCUGCCCUGGACCGGCUGGAGGCUGACGUCCUCGAGCACCUGGAAGCUGGUCGACAGCUCCUCCAAAACUUCCUGCAGGAGGGGCUGCGCCAAGACGUACCCACCGGUCAGACGCCGCAGAGGCGGGACUUUGUGUACCCACGCCAGAUGGCCAAGGCGAGGAGCCGAACGGAGAUCCUGGAAAGUCUGAGGCAGCAACAGGACGCCACCAAGGAGGUCGAGCAAGAGCGCGACCGGGAAUCUGACGAUGACAGAUGCAGCCAGGACUCCCUGGAGGAUGAGCUGAGCAUGUGCAACGAGAAUGCGGCCACGGAGGGCUCCUUCGUGGAUGAGAACCUGGUCAUCAAUGAGAGCCAGCGCCUUCCCUUCUUCAAGCAAAAGAAGGCCAGCAAAAAAGACAGCAAGGUCCUUAGGCCUAAAGUUUGCAACACCCCACAGAACGACACCACCCCACAGAAGUCCAAACUCCCGCUGCGCUGUCACAACUAGAUUUGGCCGUGUUGGCUUUAAGCUGCCCGUUAACCUUCUUGUUCAGCAAUUAAUCGUAGUCUGCUUUAUAAUCUGUCAAAUUAAACAUGGUUAUGUGUUCUGUGGUUGGGCUUUUUAUUAUGAAAUGAGCAACAGUUGUACUGAUAUUCUAUAUUAUGUACUCUCCCACGAAGAAUGUGGGAGCCUCCCAGGGGAAGUUUCCAAACUUGCGGAUGUCCCAGUCGGUGCGCGACCUUGUCUUGUGAUUUUGUACUUGUACUCAUUUCUUUACUCAAUACUGUGAUCCAAAAAUGGGGGUGGUUGUGUAGUUAUGAUACUAAUUAGUCAAUGUACCACUGUAUGUGAAUUACUAUCUUUGUACUGCCAUUAAAAUGUUAAUUUGA